AGGCAUACGUUUAGGCAGUCUCUAAGUACAGCAAGCACGUGGUCAGAAAUCUUUGGCGUGCUUUGUGUGUGUUUGGGGGGAGUAAGCAGCACGGACUCGACUCUUCAUCCUGUUGUGAAAGUGCAACGGCUCGUGUGCUGUUGUGUGUGCGUGUUGUGUGUCUGCGAGGUGUGUUUGCAGUCAGAGCGAGUUCAAGUAUGAAGAGAGGCAAGAAGGCAGAAGAGGCAGCUGCAGAUGGAGAAAAUGACUCCGGCUCUGCUUCUGCAAAGAAAACAAAGAAGGCUAAGGAACCAGAGGCCCCAAUAUUGUAUGAUGAUCCUCCUGACAAAAUGACCAGCAAAGAUGGCAGAGAAGCCAACACGAAGAUCACCUCCUGGAACGUGGACGGGCUUAGGGCCUGGGUGAAAAAGAAGGGCCUGGAUUGGGUGCGUGAGGAGGCUCCAGAUGUUUUGUGCCUGCAGGAAACGAAGUGUUCAGAGAAAAACCUCCCUGCUGACAUCACCUCAAUGCCCGAGUACCCUCACAAGUACUGGGCCGUCUCGGAUGACAAGGAGGGUUACAGUGGCGUUGCCAUGCUCUGCAAGACUGAACCCCUCAAAGUCACAUAUGGCAUUGGCAAAGAAGAACAUGACAAUGAGGGCCGCGUCAUCACUGCUGAAUUCCCCAACUUCUUCCUGGUGACUGCCUACGUGCCAAACUCCGGUAGAGGCCUUGUGCGCCUAGAUUACCGCAAAACCUGGGACGUGGACUUCCGUGCGUACCUGAGCGAGCUUGAUAUACAGAAGCCCCUGGUGCUGUGCGGUGACCUUAAUGUCGCGCACCAGGAGAUAGACCUGAAGAACCCCAAGGGGAACAAGAAAAACGCAGGCUUCACCCCCGAGGAGCGCGAGGGCUUCAGCCAGCUGCUGGAGGCCGGUUUCACAGACAGCUUCCGCGAGCUCUACCCCGAUCAGACCAACGCCUACACCUUCUGGACCUACAUGAUGAACGCCCGCGCAAAGAACGUGGGCUGGAGGCUCGAUUACUUUGUGCUGUCGUCCAGUCUGCUGCCAGGUCUGUGCGACAGCAAGAUCCGCAACAAGGUGAUGGGAAGCGACCACUGCCCCAUCACCCUGCACAUAGCCGUGUAGAUCAGUCUGGUCAGCAGGGCUAUUGCUUUGCCUUCACUGUCUUCUUAGUACUUCCGUUCCAACUUUGCUGAAACUAUCAUGUACGCCAGUGUGCGCUGUUAGUGAGGCAUUGCCUAUUUAGGCAGGCAAGUCUUAAAUAGGUUGACCUUUCUCGUGGGUGAUGUGCUGCCCAAACUUACUCUCAGUAAGUUCAGCAGUAGCUUAGUUGUCUAGUACUUAAAUCUUUACGUUUUAACAUGAACUGUUAUGACUCAACACUUUUCAUAAUGCCCGUUUGUCCUUUUCAUGUAAUUGAAGUUUGUCAGUAAACCCAGUGAUGUACACCAAAAUUCCUCUCAGCCAUUCUAUAAAGGCGCAACACUAAAUACUCAUGUCUAAGCUGAUCUUCAACGGUGACCUGCGACUGGCUGUAGACCUGUUGUUAGUGUGGCUCCUGUCUGUACUACUGCUGACCUAUGCCUCAUUGCCACAGAACCUGCAGUAUGUUUUUGUGUAACUGUUUGAAAUUAAACCAUUGUUUAAAGAAAAUGUAACUUGUUCUAGCACAAAUGUUUUAACGCCUCUUUUCAAAACCAAUGUCACAUUCUGUUGUAAAACAUGCCCAAAAUAAAGACUGGAUUUAUGUAAA